UGCGUGGCGCGUCGGCCUCCUCCGUGUCCCCUCGGCACCACGGUGGCCUCUGCUGACGUGGCACCGCCGUAGCGAAGGAUGGGUUUUGGAGGGGAAAACCAACGGUUCCGAGUGAACGUUCGAACGUGUUCUGAGGUGCCGGUGAGGAGUGGCUGACGUCAGGCUGCAGAGGGUAAGUCAUGCUUAAGCCCAACAAGAUUGACUCUGAAAGGAAGAAGAAAGGAAAAAAGAAAAAGAUUAAUUCAUGGAUUGCACACCUGUUUGACCGCCGACGUUAUAUCACCUUCCUUACUGGCUGCUACAGUUGCCGGUGGAAAUUCCGAAAGUGGGAGAAAACUAAACUUGGAUCCUGUUGCUGCACUCGGACAGAGCAAGUAUUUUGUGCAUUCCUGACCAUUUCAUUUGUCAUGUCUGUGAUUUGGCUGUUUGUGUGGUUAGAAAUAUCAAACGAAUACUUUGGCUUUGACUGGGUUGUUUUUCUAGGAACAGGAUUCUGGUUCUUCUGGUCUAUUGUUUUUCUGAGUUUAUCUGGAAUCUUGACUGCCUACUCUUCACUGCUAUUGUUACUUGCAUUUUUGUUGCUUUGGGAACAGAUGGAGUUAUACCUGCACUGGUGUCAUAAGAUCCUAAUUCUACUAGUGAUCCUGCUGUGCAGCUUUUUCUUCUUCCUCGUGUUCAGAUUCUGGAAGGACAAGUGGCUUACAGCUGGACUGUCCUUGCAAAUCUUCGCUCCCUACCUGCACAUGGGCUUCAUAACUGUGAUGGUUCUUCUUUCCUGGCCUGUGGCCUUCUACGUGGCCCGUUUAGAAAGAGAAGUUAGAAUAAGAAGAUACAAGACGACAUGUUACGAGAAAGAAAAACUCAAGAAGUGUAAUAUAUUCACAAGAUUAAGAGCUCUACAGUUGGCUACUGGAUUGCCCUUUCUUCUUAUCCUUGCAUGUCUCUAUUUGAUACCACUGGGGAUUUACUCUCCCUGCAUUCAGGAGAAAGAGGAUUUGGGACCCAAGCCAGUCUUCUUUGGACAUAGAGGUGCACCCAUGUUGGGGCCUGAGAAUACUAUGAUGUCCUUUGAGAAGGCUGUUGAACAAGAGGCCUACGGUCUGGAGAGUGAUGUAUUUCUAAGUUAUGACGGUGUGCCUUUCCUCAUGCAUGACUAUGAUGUGAGAAGAACAACGAAUAUUAGGGAGGUCCUGCCGAAGGCUGCGUUCAAUCACAGUUCCUCCUUCAAAUGGAAUUUCCUGGCAACUCUGAAUGCAGGCGAAUGGUUUGUACAACCAUGGCGCAAACCAUUUUAUGAUAUGAAAACUCUAUCAGAGGCUGAUAAAAAAAAGGCAAGAAAUCAGUCAAUUCCAAAACUAUAUGAAUUAUUGCAAUUUGCACAGAAGAAAAAAAAAUUUGUGAUAUUUGAUCUUAAUGGCUGUCCACCAAAACAUCCUUUCAGAAAUGCAUUUGUCCGCCAAACAGUAAAAGUGAUCCUUGACUCUAAAAUUGAGCAACAUCUGAUUUUUUGGUUGUCAGGUCAUGAUAGAGCCUAUGUCAGGCAUAAGGCUCCUGGUUUUCAGCAGGUGGGCCGUUUAUACUCUGUUGAGCGCCUUACAAAAGAAAAUAUCAGUAUAAUAAAUGUUGACUACAAGAGGUUGUUCUUCAGUGGGUUGAGACAUUAUAAAGCAGCUAACAUCACCAUCAACUUAUACAUCGUCAAUGAACCUUGGCUUUUCUCACUGGCCUGGUGCUCCAGGAUUAACUCAGUGACCACAGACAACAUUUCGCUCCUGCGUCGGCUUAAUCACCCUCACUACUUCAUGACGCCAAGAGACUAUAUGUUAAUAUGGCUUCUUACGGAUGGUGUUUCUGCAGUUUUCAUUAUUGCCGUGUUUUAUUUUCAUUGGUGGAGAGAGAUGAAAAAAGAAAAAGCACUUGAAACUUCCAGCCUUCCCACAGAUUGUGAGAGUAUAAGCCUUCCAGAGGAAGAAGGUGAGAGUCAUGAGACUGUGGGCUUAUCCGUAAAUCCUGGCAGAACUGCAGAGAGACCUUGGACUCUAGCAGCCCUCCACCCAGCUUUAGCCAAGGGUGGAAAGAAACACGAAGGCACCUCCCAUUUUGUGGUAGCCUCCAUGAAGUCACCAAACCAUGUCCAGAAGACUGUCACACCACUGAUGGCUACCAAGCAUGAUGUUAAACCAACAGUGCCCACCCAGACCUUGGAACACACCCAAGCACCCACUGCAGAAACUACCAAAGUUGCCCUCCCCCAAAUGACCUCGCCCACCUUGAAGGAGGCAGAUGCACCAGCAAUGCCUUCUGUAGUGGUGCAUCAUCCUGAAAAACAAACUCAGGAAACUCCCAUGGCUCAAUCUUCCAAAGAAACUUUUCUAACAAUAUAAGCCACCACAUCCAACCUAUCCUCUUCUAGCAUGUCUUCAAAGAAGAAUUAGCUACGCCUCACCCCCUUUUUCCUCUUUUUCUCUGUGCCUAAUGUGGUGGUGGGGAAUGGUCAAGUAGGCAUGCAGAAGAGUUAUUGUGGCUCUAAGGAGAAGCAGUCUGGUCCAGCCUUUCCAUAAAGUACAUCUCCAGAGGAUGGACAAAGGAAGAUGGUUGCUCGUGGUCUGGGAACUGGAGCUGAUUGCUCUGAGUUUUGCAGGGUCUGUCUCAUCCUGACCCUUCCAUAGGAUUCCCUGCAGAGGAGGGACUGCAUGUAAAUAAAGGCAACUUCUCAGG